CAUGGAUCAGUCAAGUCGGUCAAGCAAACAAGAAAGAAGGAAGAAGAAGAAACCAAGAUGACCAUGGCAGAUAUCGACGAGAAGAUCACCGACGCAGUACACCAAGAAAAAGCACCCAGAAUCACCACCAUCGAUAACUUUCAGGUUCUGGGACUGGAUGGUGACGAUGCGGAUUUUUAUGUUAAUUUUACAGAGGAUAGGCGGAAGGCGUUGAUCAGGAAGAUUGACAUCCGUCUCGUGCCGAUGCUGGCAGUGCUAUAUCUGAUCUCGCAUCUUGAUCGAGCUAAUAUCGGCAACGCCAAGAUCGAAGGCUUAGUUGAUGAUCUUGGGCUCGAUGGGAUUCAGUGGAAUAUUGUGUUGAGUAUUUUUUUCGUUCCGUAUGUUUUACUGGAGGUCCCAAGUAACAUGCUGCUCAAAAACUUCACCCGCCCAUCCAUAUACCUGGGCAUCCUCAUCGUCUGCUGGGGAACUAUCAUGACCAUGACGGGCGUCGUGCAGAACUUUGCCGGCCUAAUGGUCGUCCGCGUGCUACUCGGCGUCUUCGAAGCUGGCUUCUUCCCUGGCGCCGUGUAUCUCUGCACAUUCUGGUACAUGCCCAAAGUCCUCUCCACGCGGCUAGCGAUAUUCUACUGCGCGAGUGCGUUAUCCGGCGCCUUCUCCGGCCUCCUCGCCGCCGCCAUCGCCGAAAUGGACGGUGUAGGUGGGUACGAGGGGUGGAGGUGGAUUUUCAUCCUCGAGGGCAUCGCCACUGUGUGUCUUGGUGUGUCGUGUUUCUUUUUGUUGAUUGACUCACCGCGGUUAUCGACCAAGUGGUUGGAUGCAGAGGAGAUACGGUUUCUGGAGUUGCAGAUGUUUAUCAAGGAGGGGGGGAUGAUGAAGGAGCAGGCGAAGGAGGAUGGGAAGGUGAGAUGGAAGGAUUUGAAGAUGGUGUUUAUGAAUUGGAGGUUGUAUUUGUUGGCGUAUAUUCUGCUAUGUCAGAGUGCUUGUUCAUACGGGACGAAAUUCACUCUUCCUACCAUCACGAAAGCAAUGGGCUUCACCAACACCAACGCCCAGCUGAUGACAGUCCCUCCCUACGUCGCAGGCGCUCUAUCCGCCGUCUUCUUCUCCGUCCUCUCAGACAGAUUCUACUGGCGCAUGCCGUUCGUCGCCGCACCGCUGAUCCUCGUGGCCAUCGGCUACGGCGUGAUCAUCUCCUUCCACGGCGCUCUAUCCGAGAACGUGGGCGGCGCCUUUUUCGCCGUCAUCCUCACCUGCAUGGGCAUCUAUCCCAUCCAUCCGGCCACGACCUCCUGGACAGCGAAUAACAUCGCCCCGUCCAGUCGGCGUGCCAUCGGGCUAGCGUUUAACAUCUGCAUUGGGAAUAUCGGUGGUAUCAUCGGGAGUUAUAUGUACAUUGACUCGGAGAGUCCAAAGUACUAUACUGGCUUUGGACUGAGUCUGGCGUUUGGAGGGAGUGGGUUGAUAGCGGCGUUGAUAUUGGAGACGUCGUAUAUCUGGGGGAAUAAGAGGAAAGAAAGGAUUGGGGAGGACGAGGUGCGAGAGAGGUACAGCGAGGAGCAGUUGUUGGAUAUGGGGGAUAAGUCGCCUUUGUUUAAGUAUACUCUUUGAUACAGCUAUAUAUGAGGUUAUAUACAUGAAUAUGAUGAGUUAUGUUAUUAUUUGACAACAGCAAGUCGACUCCUGACGAAUACAUUCCGAUUAAUAUCCGGAUUAGGGAAUCCCUCUAGCUUCACCUCCUUCCGGAAGAGCAGACAGUAUGUUGACCCACCAUAGUGGAACAUGCCCAACUGGUCUCCCUUGCGAAUAUACUCGCCCUCCUUGACGGUGAUAUCACACGUCGACACUUCUGUCAGCCCAACACCCAGAAAAGCAACCAGCC